GCACGGGGGGCGCGGCGGGGCCCGCGGCGGGCGAGGGGCCAUGCGGAGCCCGGGCUGAGGCGCCGCGGCCGCCCCUCGCCAUGAAGCGGCAGAACCUGCGCACGGCCGCGCUCAUCCUCUGCAUCUUCUCCUACCUGCUGGUGGGCGCCGCCGUCUUCGAUGCGCUGGAGUCGGAGGCGGAGAGCGGCCGCAAGCGGCUGCUGGAGCAGAAGCGCGGGGAGCUGCGGAGGAAGUACCGCUUCUCCGCCGACGACUACCGGGAGCUGGAGCGGCUGGUGCUGCAGGCCGAGCCGCACCGCGCCGGCCGGCAGUGGAAGUUCGCCGGCUCCUUCUACUUCGCCAUCACGGUCAUCACCACCAUCGGCUACGGGCACGCUGCCCCGGGCACGGAUGCUGGCAAAGUUUUCUGCAUGUUCUACGCCAUCCUGGGCAUCCCUCUGACGCUGGUCAUGUUCCAGAGCCUGGGGGAGCGCAUGAACACUGUUGUGCGGCUGCUACUGAAGAAGAUCAAGAAGUGUCUGGGCAUGAGGACGACCAAUGUUUCCAUGGAGAACAUGGUCCUGGUCGGCUUUCUGUCCUGCAUGGGGACCCUGUGCAUUGGCGCGGCAGCCUUCUCUUAUUUUGAGGGCUGGACUUUCUUUCAUGCCUACUACUACUGCUUCAUCACCUUGACCACUAUUGGCUUUGGAGACUUUGUGGCUCUGCAGAAGAACGAGGCUUUGCAAAAGAAGCCCCCGUAUGUGGCUUUCAGCUUCAUGUACAUCCUGGUGGGCCUGACCGUCAUCGGCGCCUUCCUCAACCUGGUAGUGCUGCGGUUCCUGACGAUGAACUCGGAGGACGAGCGGCGGGAUGCUGAAGAGCGAGCCUCACUGAGGAGAGCCCGGAACAACAUCCACCUCAAGCCGAAAGAGGACAGCCGGAGCAGCAACGCCAUUUUUCUCCCCGUGGAGGACAGGACGAGCCAGAUGAACCUCAUCCCACUGAUCCAGGAGGACGCAGAGAAGCAGCGGCGCCAGUCGGCCAACUCAGCGGCCGCGGUCCCCUCCUUCUGCACGUGCCUGUGCUACAGACCUCAGCUGUGCAGCAGCCCGGUGCCCUCCCACCCCGAGACCCUGAGCUGCCACACCAACCCUGUGUAUUACAACUCCAUUUCCUACAAAAUCGACGAGGUCUCCCUGAGCACGCGGGGUCAGACCGGCUCUUCCCCUGGGAGCACUUUAUCAUCCAGCAGCCCUCGCUGCCGGCAACACCCCCAGCUGCGGAGGAAAUCCAUCUAGGAGCACGUGCCGAGCUGUACUCGGUGCUCAAGUCUUGCUAUGAUGAUAAAUUAAGAACAGAGAUGUCAGGUCCUUCUUACUGCUCUCAUUUCUUCUGUUCCUCUCCCCUUUCAGCUGGCAGCCAGCCCCACGCAGGGUCCAGCAGGAGCCUUUAAAGCCUGUUGAGAAAUAAUCAAUCCUUUUUUGCAGGCACUGAAUGACAUUGUUAGUUUUUCUUUGUUGUUUGUUUGGUUUUUUUUUUCCUCCCAAGUAGGUUCGAGUGUUUUGGUCUGGCAAGAGGUCUCGUGACGAGAAGGCCAGCAAGCUGUAGGUUUGCUUUCCCACCUCCCUGCUCCCCAAACGGGGGCAUUGCUGCCCUCCCGCCCUGGACACCCUCAGCUAUGGCUGCUGCCAGCACAUGCCUCUUGCUGCAAGGGCUGGAUUGCACUUGCUGGGAGCGUAUCAAAAGCACAACCCAUGUCGGCGAGCCCUGCAGGGUUGGGGACCUGUACGUUGUUCCUUGGCAUGGGGGGCAGGUCAGUGGGUGCCACGCAGCAGUUUGCAGCUGGUGGGUGGGCAGGAGGGAGGGGACCCCUGCUGCCUGGCACGCAGGGACAGCUCUGUGGCACUGUACCUCCCGUCACCAGCCUGCCAGGUCUCAGCUCAGCCUCAUGGCUGGUCAGUACUCUUGGAAGCUGGAGGUCCGUCCAUUCACCUGCUUACCCACCAGCACACCUCACCUGGCUGCUGGUAGGUCCUCCAGGCUGAGCUGGCUGCUGGGAUGCUGGGUGCUGUGUCCCAUUGCCAGGGGAAGCUGGACUCCAGCCCAGCCAGAGACCUUCCUCGUGACAAGCCCAGACUGUGCUAAGGGCACGGCCCCAGGGAGAGCCUCCCCGAGCCAAACAGAGCCACUGCGAAGGGCUUGGCUCGGAUGAGGGCAUCGGCUAAAAUCACCCUUCCCUUCACGGCCUGUCCUCCAGCUGGCAGCCCAGCAAGGUGCCUGGCCCUCGCCGCCUCCCUGGGGCUGUGCUCAGUGCUGCUGGGGCCAUCAGGGGCAGCAGGAGCCCUCUGGGUGUGGGGUGGUACCCGCAGCCCUGCCUGCAGGGCUGUUUCCAGCUGGCGCUCCCGAUGCAGCUGAUGCCCAUCCUGCCUCAUCCGCAAGGAAGCUGGACCAGGCUCUGACAGCGGUAGGAGCUCUGUUUCACUCCCCCCCCACGUCCCUCCCAAUAAAGGGACCUUUUAACUCUUAGGUCAAGCUGAAACACCCUCUGAGGGGGUUUGUCCCAGAGGAGAAUCCCCUUUUCCUGGUGGGGAAGGCAUGAGCGCCAGCGCCGGGAUGGCCUCUGGGCAGGCUUUGCUUUCUCCUCCUUUUGUUCUGGGCAGUUUAAUAAAAAGUGAAUCCA